AUGGCUCCUUCCAGGAAGAAAGCCGCCCGAGGCUCCAGUAAAAAUACCCUGAGAAACAAAAAGUUGGAUGCGUUUCUGAAGGACUUCGACCAGGAAGUCCAGACACGCAAAGAUCAGAUCCUGGUGGACAGCGAGGGCUUAUGUAAGGAGAGUGACAACAUGUACAACAUGGAAUUUCUACGCCUGCCUGCAGCUCUGCAGGAGAUGAACUGGGUCAGCUACUACGCUCUGGGAGGAGGUGAAAAGGCCCUGGAGAAGGCUGCCAUGGUUGACCUGGAUAUACUGGAAAUUACCAAGCUGGCAGCGGAAGCCGUUCAGACGCCCCUCAAAACAGUCAGGAAAGCUAAGAAAGUCAAGCAGGCUAUUGAGACCAUAGAAGAAGAAGGAGCGGGGCAGCCGAUCCUGCCUGCAGGGAAGCGAUCCAGGCUGGGGAGUGAUGCGUGUGGAGCCCUGGAGUCCAGCGUCCAGAAACUGCAGAAGGCAAAGACCUCCACCAAAAAGGCUCCCCCGGGGUCAAGGAGGGGCAGGCCUCCCCCGGCCAGGUCUACGCGUUUGAGCAGGAGGUCCAGCAAAGGUAACUUUGUCACUCCGACGGUCAGCCAGACCGCCCACUCAGCUGCCCUCAAGGGAACCACCCCUCUGCUCACCCCGAAGUUUGAUUCCAGUGUCUUCAAAACACCCGGCCUGCGUGCUCCCGCGGCUCAAGAGCGGGUCUUCAGCAUCUCUGCAAACGGCAGCCCCCUUGCGGCCACCAGCGACAUCUUCAUCACCGUCCCUGCUGGGGGAGGAGAGAGCAUCUGCUUAAGAGCCAGCAAGCUUUCCAAGCAGGACCUGAUGCACUUGAAUCCAGGCACCCUGGGGAGCGUGAAGAAGCUGUCGGUGCAGCUGGCGAAUCUGUGCGGCACCAUCAAGCACUCCUUCAAGUGA